AUUCACGCCCAACGUAGAACACGUAUGUUAGUGUAAAUGUGCGAAUGUGUGCGGCAAAAAAGAUGAUGAAAAAUUAAAAGUUGAAAACAUGUUGCUUGUCAGCCGUAGUACAAAUCAAACAAUUGCCGCUUAACAUACGUUAUGGUUGGAAACGGCAGCAGCAGCACGAGAACAAAACAAGCAACAGGAGCAGCGACGUUCGCCGGCGGCCCAACGACGUUGCGGCUAAAAGACCAAUUAGAAAUAGACAACAGCAGCCACAUUCCAUUCAGAACGAAGACAACAAGAACAGUAACAACAGCAACAUGAUGAUGCAGUUAUUGUGCCUAUGGAUUGGCCAACUUCUCUUGCUGCUCGUUGCAACAUACGAGCUGCUGCAGCUACUGUGGCAUCGACUGCAAGCGUUCGCACACAGGUCAUAUGACUACUGGCAAUGUGAUCGACGGCAGCAGAAUAAUCGUUUGUUGUUUGAACGCACGAUUCGCGAACUGGAAAAGCUGCCAAAACAUUUGGUGCUUGUGAUUGGUGCCGACGAACGUUAUGUUGAUGCGUCGCAGUUGCAACGCAUUUUCGGGUAUGCCCAACUAGUUGGCAUACCCUAUCUGAGUGUCUACGAUGCGCGUAGUGUUAAAAAUGGUUAUGUGGACAUCGGGCGAUUCUGUCAGUGGUCCAAAGACAGAUUGUAUUACUGGCCAUCACAAAAGCAAAACAAGCAACAAAUACUAGAACAAAAUGGCAAUAAUAAAUGUGUUAAUGCCAACGGAAGAACUAUUGGCGAAUUGCAGGUCUUUCAAAUCAACGCGUUGUUGGAUGGCCAUGCGCUGAUUGCCAAAAUGUGCCGCGAACUGUACGUGAAUCGUGGCACAACCGAGGUGCAGCAGCUGCUGACGAAGCGUGAGCUGCUCAGCGAUAAGCUAAACGAACGCCUCAACCAAGAGUUGGGAAUCCCGGUGCCAGAACCCGAACUGGGAAUUAUCUUCUCGGGAGUGACGUGCACCUUUGGCCUGUUGCCGUGGCAUGCACGAUUCACCGAGUUCCACACGCAUCCGAGUGGGCGGCACUUUGAUGCCACAUGCUUUGCCCAGCUGCUGUACAAAUAUGCGCGCUGUGAGCAGCGUUGGGGCAAAUAAUCCUUAAUGCAACAGAAAUUCAACAACAAAAGAUCCUUUAAAGCGCAAUGUUCUCCCAACUACGUUCUGUUUUGUAGUUGGUUAGGUUUAUAAAUAUGUAAUUUAAUUUAAGUUAAGCAAGAGCGUUUAAGCUGAGAGUGAAACGAGAAACAAGAUUAAAGA